CUCAACUCUCUCUCUCUCACUCUCUGUGUCAGAAGUGUGGAUGGAUGUUGAAUAUUUCAGCUCUCAGCAGCAGUCUGUCUCAGUAUUGUGGAGGCUGUUGUUGCUUCAGACAACCAGUUCAAUACGACACUGACUGAGAGUUGGUUCAAAUGCCAACUACAACUUCUUGGUAUCUCUUGAAAUGAAAGAGGAGAUUGAGAGAAAAGUGGAAAAACUUGUGUUAUAAAGGAUAAAACGCUCUUCAUUUAAUCUCGAAUUGUGGCACGUGUCGUCGCUCCAUCCUGCUUGGACACUUUGAAACUACAAUUUAACUUCUGAACCCAUCCGACCAACCCUUUCAACAGUUUAUCAUUUUGUUUAGUCUGUUUAUCUCUCCACAACGCUUUUUAAAUGUAUUCAGUGAAACAGUUGUGUGUGUGUGUGUGUCAUGGUCCAUAUCUGAGAGUUUCUGCCAAAUGCGAGCAGAUUACAUUUGAAUUUGAGUUGUCUACAGCAGAAACAGUAUCGUUAAAUACCUUUCUUACGGCUGAAAUCCGGUAGCCAUGUGUCACAUGUAUACGUUGCAAUGCCAGUGAGCGGAGUGUGUCACACUUUUGUGAAGUGAAUGGCUUGAGGGAGACACAAGCUUGCCCUCUAGAUAUUAACACAUUUUGGAAGUGUUGUUAGAUGUGAGACAAUCCUCAGAGGAGCUGACCUGUCUUUGUGGAGACUUGUGCUAAAAAACUGUAAGGUCAGAUUAUUGCCAGCAUCCUGCAAUGAGCUGUCAGAGUGAAUAUACUGACCGAGGUCUGGCCCUUUACCGUCCGUGCUUCGGCUGCACAACUACAGUCAGCCUCUCAUGGUGCUCACUCGAGGAGGCUCACGGCUCUUGACCACCAGCUUUAAUCUCAAAGCUGCGGCUUCGGCUUGGUGCAAAAACAUCGUCGUCUAACUGUGCUUCUGACACAUUCAUACAGAAUAUUGCUCAACAGGCAGAGAUAAUGACUGGUUUGUUCAGCUCUGAUACCGGAUGGAGAGGGACCUGACCUGUGGUGACUGCAAUAUGGUGUUUUGCUCCGCUGGGCUGCUCGAGAAACACAAAGCACGGUUCUGCGUUAGGACCGGGACCAGGAGUGAGGCUGGACACGUUCGGGUGCACCGACACGGCUCUGAGCUUCUGAUGAGAGACAGGCCCGGGUGUGAGGACCCCAAACAGACAAGAACACCUGACCUUGUGCAGCUGAGAGGUCAUCCCAGGAACGUGAGCAGGUGGAGGAGCGCUGAUGCCAAACCGAAGUCAGCAAGAGCAGGAGACACAGCAGCAACCAGUCAGACAGCGAGUGCUGCUCCACAAGACCUCACAGAAGAGUUUCAGGAGUCCAGGAUGUCCGUUGAAGAAAAUCUGCCAGACUGGUCUAAAAGGACCACACACCAUGAGGCGACUGGGCGUCAGCUGGGUCACAGUGAGAGACUGAAGGAGAUGAGGGAAAUGGCAGCGCUCCAUGAGCGCCAACUGGCCCUGAUACAUGCUCACAACCAGCAGCUGGAGCAGCAGAGAGACGAGCUAGCCCAUCAGGUGAGUGUCCUGUCUGAGCAGAGCAAACCAGCUCACCUGGAGAGUCUACUGAUGGAGCUCAGAGAACAGGAGGAGAGAAACAACGAGACGCUGCAACAACUCGCUGAACAUCUCCACAUGUUACAUGUGCGAGAGGUCUCCGUACCUGCUGAUCAGCCCGCUCCACGCAGGGAUGAAGAGAUGCAUCAUGACAGCUACGAGCUCAUUUCUUGUUCAGACGGCGCUCUCUCUACCCAGAUAAAAGCCCUGCGGCGGGCGUACAUGCAGUCAGGUGGGUCGGAUCCAGCCAUCGUGGCACGAAUGAUCGACCUGCAGGCAGAGGCCAAAAGCCUGGAGAAGACCCAGCCAGCGUCAUCCGGCAAGAUCAGGAGUGUGAUGGAGGAAAUACUUGGCCUUCAUCAUGUGUAUAUGUCAGAGGUGAAGCCUCCUCGGCGGGGUCUGAGCUGGGAGCUGCUGGCAGUGGAGCAGGAGAACCAGAGACUGGAGGAGGAGAUCCUCAGGAUGCAGCUCGCCGGGGGGCGACGCCAUGACAGUGGAGUGAUGACUGAGCUCGAGCUGAUUCAGAGGGAGAACCACCUGCAGAUUUCCAGUUCGCAGGCGGAGAUGGAGAGAAGCAAAGAAGCUCCCAGGCCCAGGAGACAGCCUCCUCCUCCACCUCCUCCCCCUCAUCCACCCCCACGCCAAACCAAGACUCACAUUUCUGCACCUCUUUCACUGCUUCAGGCCAGAUCCUUCUCCUCUCCACCGGAAAGGUUCAUGUUGGACUCCCUGGACUCUCUGGGUCCGGCCCCCUUCGACCCCACUGCCGGUUUUGUAGUUUUCUAUGACCUGGUGCUGGGGGCCGAGGUCUCCCAGAGGGCCCUGCGCCUGGUGGCAGCUCUCUACUCAGAGGGUCAGGAGGUGAGACCACCGACUGCACUGCCCCCUGCCCAGUGCCUGCCUUACACCCACAGCCUCGCCCCUACAAACUAUGCCCUCCUGUCAUUUAAACAGUCUGUACCCAGGAUCCAGCCGUCACCCUCCCUCUCUCUAGUGGUGGAGGUGCAGGCAGCAAGAGAUCUGGAUGUUCCCGCUCAGGAAGUCUUUAAACUGGCACCCUGCGGCUGGGCGCAAAUGCAACUCUUCGAUCAGUUCAAUCAGCUCCAUAGUGGCCACUGGAGGGUGCCGGUGCGCUGUCUGCCUAUAAGACCCUCAUUGAGCCUUGCUCAGCUCAACUCAGUGCCCCAGGUGGGCAACAUGGAGCUGUGUGUUCGUUUGGUCAAUGGACGAGACGGAGAUGUACAAACUCUGGUGAAGCCUGACCCGGCCAGCACCAGCCACUACAGAUAUCCAGCUAUGAGGUCCUCAUAUCCUGCAUCCAUCAGUGGAAAUGCAGCGCGGCCAGGUUCAUUUGAUCCACAUCCCACUGGAGGGGGUCAACUCUCACCCCUUUUACUGUUUGAUCACCACCAGGACUCUCCACCUACAGAAGAGGCCAGGCAGAGUUGAAAACCUCUCAACAACCAGGAUGUAGCAAUAUGAACGGUUGUCCUUUAAACAGAAAAGGGCAUUUUCUUUUCUGUUAUGGGUGAAAUAUGCAGGAGUCAAAAGGUAGAAGCCAAGUAGUCCAAGACUGUCUUUGUGUAGCAGUAAACUGAUGGGAAAAAGAUUUCCACUUUUAAAACUGAACUGUGCGAUUUGAGUGCCUUAGGUUUGUUAGAAUGAUGCAAUCUGCAAAUUAUUAAAGUGAUCAUAUUCCUUAGUCAUUUGGUCUAUGAAAUAGCAAGGAACAGGAUCAUGUAUAAUCUUCCAAACAGCAACUACUGUUUGUCCUCAGUUGUCUCAAGUUCCCAGAAAAAAAA